CUGAUUUCGUCAUUGUUGUUUUUCUUUCUUUCUUGGUUUUGUCUCUCCGCGUUAGAAUAAAAAUCGGAAAAUUAGGUGGAAACCCGUUAUCCUAUUCGUGAGUAACUAUCGCUUUUCUAAUCUGUGAUACCUGUGACGGUGGCUAGCAGUGAAAGUGGCUAAAAAAUCGAUUGAUAUAGUUGUGAAUUUGCUGCGAAAAGUUUCUACAGAAAAGAAGUUGCGUAGAAAACAGGGCAUACUGCGAUUGUGCGAGCCUGGUUCUGAUCGUUGAACUGGGAGCAACGCAACAAAAGAACACCCCGGAGACUGGUUAAGGUGCAUGAUCCCGCAGGACUUGUAGCGUGUUUCGGCGAUCGGGAAACGUUUUUGUCUACAAAGUUCGAGAUUGUCAUAUUCGACUAGAGCAAAAAUAUAGGACAAACAGUCUGUGGUAAACAAUACAUUUCAGGGGCUACCUGUUGUUUCCUACCAUCGAGGCUCCGGCGGUCGUUUUAUGGGAAAUAUUGUUCUGCGGAGUCGUGCCCUGUCAAAUAUGAGUGACGUCGAGUUUGAGGAGGAUGUUGAUAUCGAGGAGGACGACCUGUACGAUGACCAACAGAAUGCGGAUGAAGCUCUGAGUGAACAUCAUCUGGUAUCGAUUCUGCGACAGCUGAUAAGCAGCGGUGAGAUACAAAUCCUCAACAAUGAUCAUUUCUACUCGAUGGCCCUGCCUGUCAUUCGACGACGUCCGAAUUUAGAGCAACUAAAGAAAAGCGCCAUCUACCAGAGCAUCAAGCAAGCGUCCGGCUAUGGAGCGGACACGAGCACCCCUACGGAGAAAUUCUCCCUGGUUAACAUGUUGGCAAAGCGCCAGAGUGGUUUCGGUCCUAAGAAUGGCGCCUUCGUUACCAGUGACAAAUGUAAAAUCAACAAUUUGUACGUGCCGAACCGAACCGAACGGACGAUCAGCAAUUGCAACUCGAAGGUGUUCUGUGGACGAUUCUCUCGCGAUGGCUCCCAGUUUGUUAGUGCCAGCCAGGAUGUGCAGAUUCGAGUGUUUGAUGCCACAACUAGCCGCUAUCCAUUGAUACGACAGAUCGAAGCGAAAAAUGUGUCCUGGUCGAUUUUGGAUAUCGAUUUUAGCCCCGACGGGGAACACUUUGUGUACUCGACUUGGGCAGAUGCAUUAUUUGUUUCGCGAAUGCACGAUAUGGCUACGGAUGAUAUUCACUGCCUGUAUCUCCGCUCGGAUAGUCAAAAGUUUGGCGUAUUUACCGUGGCUUAUUCAAACUGUGGCAAACAGAUUCUGGCAGGUGCUAACGAUGGCUGCCUGUAUGCGUAUGAUCUGGUCGGCAAUCGACGGGUGCUGAUGGUUCCAGUGGCAGCGGAAAAGCAUGAUGUCAAUGCAGUUGGUUUCGUUGACGAAACGUCCAAUAUUUUCUACAGUGGUAGCGACAACGGGAUUAUCAAGUUGUGGGACCGUCGUUGCCUUAAUGAGGUGAAUCCAGAGCCAGCCGGUGUGUUAGUGGGGCACGUUGAUGGCAUCACCUACAUCGACUCGCGUAAUGACGGACGAUAUAUUAUAUCGAAUUCAAAAGACCAGAGCAUCAAGUUGUGGGAUUUACGAGUAUUUUCACCACCAGAUGCCGAAAUGAAAGUGAGAGACCAUCUGUGUUUCGCUAAUUGGGAUUAUCGAUGGGACGAAGUACCGAAAAGAUUUUAUAAUCCAAACAAAGCACUCGAAGGUGAUACCAGUGUUAUGACGUACCGAGGACAUCGAGUACAGAAAAGCUUGAUACGCGCCAAAUUUUCACCCGCUUCCACCACCGGUCAGCGAUAUAUUUAUACUGGGUGUGGAACGGGGCGAUUGAUAAUUUACGAUGCUUUGACGGGGAAAAUUGUUCAAGCAAUCGAAAGCCACCGGGAUGCGGUUCGUGACGUGGCAUGGCAUCCACAUCGGUCUGAAGUGCUCACAUGCUCGUGGGACUACCAUGUGAACCUGCAAACGUACCAGUGCACUGAGAAUGCCAAGAAGAAAACAAACCCAAACGCAAAUAGAACCCGUCGUCUGGAAGAUACCGAUGACGAAAGUGAGAACGAAAUUCCUCCACUCAGGCGCUCCCGUAGAAUAGCUGAACUACGACGAGCGCAGUCCAAUUUCGACUAGACUUCAGCAGUGAAACCAAUUAUAUAUACAACAACAAUCAUUUAGUAGUCAUUCGAAAACACCCUUGCUCACUGGUAAAUAGCAAGUUGGUUAAGCAUUCUAAGCAUUGCUCUAAGCGGACUUUUGCAGGAAGCGACUCUGCGUUCCUGUAACAGUUUCCGGUUAUGUGUUUCAGCUUUGAGUCUCGGCUCUUUUUCAGGAACACUCAUUUUGUUCAAAUGCAGCAUUAAUUUUUCGUGCGUGAUGGGAGAGGAGUGUAAACUAUAUGCAAGGGUUCAAAAUAAUUAUAUAGAUUUUUUUCUUUGAAUACAGUAAGAUUUGUUUCGAUAUUUUCCCGACCCGAUUGGAGGAGAUUGUUUUCGUGGUUAUCCAGCAAAAACAUUUUUUAGACUCAAAUAAAUUAUUGCUCUAUUGGUUAGCUACAAUAAGGAUGCACUACUAUACGUUAAAAUGGUAAGUUUCAUCUAAUAAAGACAUGAAUGAGAUUGUUCA